UUCCAAGCUGUGUCGGUUUUUUAACAGACAUCAAAGCGCGCGAACCGCGAACCUUCGCGUAGUCGUUUGACCAGUUGCGCCGACGAUUGCGAAGGUAACGGACGUAUCGCCAUUUUCAUAGUUCGUGACGUCUACUGUGUAGCGUAUCUUCAUCAAAAGAAAUCCCAUAAAAACAGCAUGGCUGUUAAUGAUGUCUGGGAAAGAAUUCAAAACUCUUUUUCUCUUCAAUGUUCUAUUGACGAAUUAAAAAGGAGGAGAAAUUCGUGAGACAUUCGUAAACAAAUGUAGGAGGAAGCGAAACGGGUUCGCAAAUUGAGUAUGCGAACCCAUUUGCACAGCCGCUAGGUUUGCGAAUGAAUGUUUGACGGCCCUUCACAUGCGCGCAAAUUAGAGGUGGCUAAUAUAACCAUUAACCAAUAAAUUUACCGGUAAAAAAAAUUAACACUUCUAUUCGAUAAAUAAAAUUACCCAAAACGGUUAAAAAUACCGUUUUACAAAAACACUGCGUGUAGUGGCAUAGGCAAUUAUUGGAAAUUAUAUUUAUACAAGUUUCAACUUUAUUUCAACACGUAAGAUUCAUUUUCGCCUUGCAGAUGUUUUCAACUUAUCAUGUAAAAAAUAUUGAAUUUUAUGAUUUCAUUGUAUGCUCUAUACCCCUCAAAAUAAAGCACAAUAUUUAAGUUGGUGUAUUUUACAGUUAAUGAUAAUUUUUUUCGUUAAAAAAUUGAAAUGAAACGAUAUUUUUACCGAACGCGAAGAUGACGCGAUUGGUUGAUUUUUUAAACGUAAUAUUUUGUUUGGUACUUGACAUUUUGGCGGCUCAGUGCAUCUUUUCUAUUAUUUUGGUAAAGUUGUGUUUUUGUAUUUUAAGAGAUUUGUACUUUGUGUUUGUGUGUUUUGACUUUGUUUUUGUGUGUUUGAGACUUUGCUUACUUUGUUGUUGUGGAUUUUUAAAGUGUAUAUCUAAUUUAAAAUGCCGAAACGCAAUGCAGAAAUAUGGGAUCAUUUCGGAAAGUGCUUGGGAGCGGAAAAAAUUGCAAUGUGUAAUUAUUGAUUUGGUAUUAAAUAAUUCUGAAGUUAAAUUACAUCACAAUCUGGUUGAUACUAACAUUGCACUCUGCUCACCAACAGUCCCACCAUUGUUCUCGGAUAAUUUUGAUUUUCAAACUAGGGAUGACUUCAUUCAUGGCAUAUUAAUUAAUGAGGAAAUUCUUGCCAGCUCAUUAUAUUAUACAUUAUUGAAAUCAAAUCAAUAUGCUGCUGCUAUAACAAAUUGGAAAACUUAUCAAACAGUUUGUAGAGACAUAUUACAUAAGUGGGUGUAUCCACUGUCAAUUGAAUCGGGUUUGUAUUCCCGUGACAAGUAUACUCUUACGGGAAAUCUUAAUUUUGUUGAAAACUCAGCUAUGUUGAGCAGAUCAUGUGUAUUAACCGAAAAUACAUUAAUUGGAGCGAAAACGCAAGUACAAGACAACACCACGGUGACAAAAUCAAUUAUCGGAAAGAAAUGUACAAUUGGAAAUAAUGUCAUAAUCAAUGGAUCACACAUAAUGAAUAAUGUAAUAAUAAAGGACAACUGUAGAAUUUCAAACAGUUUUAUUGAUGACAAUUGUGUUAUUAGUGAAGGAUCAAAUCUACAUGCUGGCACAAUAAUUGCAGAAAAUGUCAAAGUGGAAUCAGGAAGUGAUCUCAAAGGCAGAAUAGAAUGUUCUAUUGACAAUGAUAAAAAACUACAAAAAUCAGAAUCAAGUGGAACAGAAUGGGAAGAGUCAUCUGGGAGUAGUGAUGAGGAGUUUAUUGGUUUUGAUAAAGUAUGGAGUGACAGUGAAUCUUGUUAUUCUUCAAUCAGUUCAGCAGAUUCUUCAUUACCUGACUCUCCUGUACCUGAUGAUACUAAAAUGUUCUUGCAAGAAGUCAUAGACAGCUUAGCAAGAGGCUAUGAUGAAAAAUUGAAAUGCGAUUACCUUAUAUUAGAAAUAAAUUCAUCAAGAUAUGCCUACAACAUUCAGUUAAAUGAAGUCAAUUUUUUCGUUGUCCGAGCAUUACUUAGUAUGCCUGUUUUGUCUGAAGCUAAGAAUGUGCUCACAACUGUAAAAGAUAUAUUGAAAUAUUUCCGGCCUGUAUUAGCAAACUACAUCAAGUCAAAAUCUUCUAUAAUGGAUUGCUUACGAGCUGUUGAGGACACCUGUUUAAAUUGUGAAUGGCUAGAUGGAAAAUCUGGACAAAUUUUACACUUAUUAUAUGAAGCUGAUGUAGUAGAUGAAGAUUCUUUGGUGGAUUGGUAUGCUGAAUUAAAGGAAAAUGCAAAUCCUUUUGUCAAACAGCCUUCACUUGUAAAAUUUUUUGAAUGGCUUCAAGAAGCAAGUGAAGAAAGUGAUGAUUCUGAAUAAGUAGGUAAUUAAUAUGUUAGACAACUAGCAUCAUUCAAAUGAAAUGUUAUUUCAGUUAUUAAAUAAAUUUAUGAUUUUAUUGCCAUAA